AAAGAACGUCUUUUUCUCUCUUGCAACGCGAUCGAUUAGCGAUGUCGUUGUUACAUACUUUCAAAGAGACCUUGAAGCCGUGUGGUACUCUCUCAUCAUCAUUAUCAUCAUCAAGAAUCUCGUCAACCAAAGAAUUGGACCCGCCGCCGCCGAGAAAACCUCCAAAAUCGUCUCUCUCGCAGCAGCUACUGCGUCUUGAUGAUUCAUACUUCCUCUCCUCAAAGAACCAAUCUAGAAUCGCAGAAACCCAGGUCGGAGAUUCUAAUCGUGCCGAAGAUGAUCACAAAAGGAAUAUCAAGUUUGAGGAAGAAGAAGACGAAGAAGAUGAGAAAUCGAUUGAAUUUGGGAGACCUGGGUUAAAAAGGGCCGAAUUUGACUAUUCCGGUCCUUAUGAACCACUUGUGCUGUCAUCAAUCGGCGAAAUUCCGAUCAUACAGGUACCGGCUUCUAUCAACUGUAGAUUGCUUGAACAUCAGCGAGAGGGAGUCAAGUUUCUGUAUAAUCUCUAUAAAAACAACCAUGGCGGGAUUCUUGGCGAUGACAUGGGGUUGGGCAAGACCAUUCAGACAAUUGCGUUUCUUGCUGGAAUUUAUGGAAAAGACAGUGACGCUGGUGAUGCUUCGGUUUCUGAGUGUGGAAAGGGUCCUGUAUUAAUAAUCUGUCCAUCUUCGGUUAUCCACAACUGGGAGAGCGAGUUUUCUCGAUGGGCGAGCUUCUUCAAGGUUUCUGUGUACCACGGAGCAAACCGAGAUAUGAUUCUGGAUAAACUCGAUGCGCGUGGUGUCGAGGUACUUGUAACCAGCUUUGAUACUUUUAGAAUCCAAGGCCCCGUUUUGUCCUGCAUUAAUUGGGAGAUUGUGAUUGCUGAUGAGGCACACCGGUUAAAGAAUGAAAAGUCGAAACUUUAUGAGGCGUGCCUUGAGAUCAAGACGAAGAAGAGGUUCGGCCUUACGGGUACAGUGAUGCAGAACAAGAUCACUGAGCUAUUCAAUCUUUUCGAGUGGGUAGCGCCAGGAUCACUAGGCACUCGUGAACAUUUCCGAGAUUUCUAUGAUGAACCGUUAAAGCAAGGCCAAAGAGCAACAGCCCCGGAAGUAUUUGUCCGGAUUGCAGACAAGAGGAAGCAGCAUUUAGUCAGUGUUCUUCGUAAAUAUAUGCUGAGGAGGACAAAGGAGGAAACCAUAGGGCAUUUGAUGAUGGGGAAAGAAGAUAACGUAGUCUUCUGUCAAAUGAGCGAAUUGCAGAAACGGGUGUACCAAAGAAUGUUGCAACUCCCAGAAAUUCAAUGCCUUGUGAAUAAGGACAAGCCGUGCGCUUGUGGAAGCCCGCUUAAGCAAUCACAGUGCUGCAGAAGGAUUGUUCCUGAUGGAACUAUCUGGAGUUACCUUCAUAGGGACAACCCCGACGGUUGUGAUUCUUGUCCUUUCUGCUUGGUGCUUCCAUGUCUUGUGAAACUUCAGCAGAUAAGCAAUCAUCUGGAGCUUAUCAAACCGAACCCAAAAGAUGAGCCAGAGAAACAGAAGAAGGACGCAGAGUUUGUAUCUGCGGUGUUUGGGAAGGAUAUUGAUCUAGUUGGAGGGAUUUCCGCAAGCGAGAGCUUCAUGGACCUUAGUGAUGUCAUACAUUGUGGGAAAAUGAGAGCUUUAGAGAAGUUGAUGGCUUCUUGGAUUUCAAAGGGUGAUAAGAUACUUCUCUUCAGCUACUCUGUCAGGAUGCUGGACAUACUGGAGAAGUUUCUAAUUAGAAAAGGUUAUAGUUUUGCAAGACUUGAUGGUUCUACUCCCACUAAUCUGCGACAGUCUCUUGUAGAUGAUUUCAAUGCGAGUCCUAGCAAACAGGUCUUUCUGAUAUCAACUAGAGCUGGUGGGUUGGGGCUAAACCUUGUGAGUGCGAACCGUGUGGUUAUAUUUGAUCCAAAUUGGAACCCGUCGCAUGACUUGCAAGCACAAGAUAGGUCAUUUCGUUAUGGACAGAAACGUCAUGUGGUGGUUUUUCGUUUGUUGGCUGCUGGUUCCCUUGAGGAACUUGUCUAUACAAGACAAGUAUACAAACAACAGCUUUCGAACAUUGCGGUUGCAGGGAAAAUGGAGGCGAGGUACUUUGAAGGCGUCCAGGACUGUAAAGAGUUUCAAGGCGAGCUAUUCGGGAUUUCAAAUCUUUUUCGUGAUCUCUCUGAUAAGCUCUUCACUAGCGAGAUUGUUGAGUUGCAUAAGGAUAGUGACACCCAUGAGAAGAAGAGCCCAUUGCUUGAGACAGGUGUUUCAGAAGAUGAAAAAGAGAAAGAGGUCUCCUGCUCUUCUAACCUAGAAACAGAGGAGCCUUCCCUUAAAGACUUGGGGAUUGUGUAUGCACAUCGAAAUGAAGACAUCAUCAACGGUGGAGGGACAGAAACAUCAACAUCUCAGAGGUUAAAUGGAGACGGUAAUAGCAAUGAGAACUUACAGUGUGUGGGUCGAAAGAAGAAGAAGAUAAUAAGUGUAGAGGAGGAUAUUUCUUUCUCAAACAGGGAACAAAAAAGAGAGAAGUACAAGAUGUUAGCUGCGUUUAAAGGCAUGCCGAUACUAGAGUUCAGUAGAUGGAUAUUGUCAGCUUCUUCAUUUGACAGAGAGAUGCUACUUCAAGACUUUUUAGAAAGAGUCAAAAGGCAAAUCAACAAAAAAUUGUACAUAGAACUGACUGGCUACCUUCUCUGUGCCUUGAAUCUUGAAACUGGUUUUGAUGGU